AUCCCCCUGCUGGCCCAGGGUGAGAACUUCAGUACAUAACACUCUCAGUUGCUGAUUUGCUCUUGGCUGCUGCAGGUAAGCAUUCCCCCCGGGGAUGUUUCUUUCCAGGAUCAUUCAGCACCAUGGUAGCCCCUUUGUCAAUUCCCAGAGAGUUCCCACAUCCUCCUGGCAGGCCACCUAUACCAUGUGGCUGGUGCAGAGAGGGAGAAAAGGCUAUUGGAAAGUGAAUUCCGGAAAUUUAUUUGUGGCUAUUCUUUUUCCUGGACAUUUUAUGUAGACAGCAGGCAUCAGCAUGCCUUGCUUGCACAAUUCCACUGGCCCUGAGCCACAUUGUUUCUGAGUCACAUUUCAAGUGAAUAAAUUCGUUGUGCUGCUCCAGUAAGCCACAGAACGAUGUCAGCCAGCACCAAGAUGAGAAGCAGAAAGCAAAGGCAGAGACCUACAGAUAGCCCCGGCACAAGGAUGGAACUGAGGAAACGAUGCCGAAGAACGACAAGUAACGAACAGCAAGUGGAAGAAAGCUGCAGAUAUAGAAAGAAGGCAGCAACAAAGUAUAAGUUUCUCUGCCAAGAAGAAUGUUUAUUCUUAACAGAGGGCAAUGAAGUAGUGAAGUUUGAUGUGAAUGGAAUCUCUCUCUCUAGGCUCCAGCAAAAAAAUGAUAUCAGAUGGAUGACUACCUGGGUCCAUUACUUCCGUGUUCAAGGCCCAGGUCGUGGCAGGUUUCUAGUUACUUUUAGCCAAGUGUCCGAUGAACAAAACAAAUUGCUGGUGCUGACCAAAGACAUUGACCACAAGCAACUGAAGGUAUUUUCAUGCGAUAUGCCGAAUAAGCCACAUACUAAGGGCAAAAGGUUUGAUAUCACUAAGCUAAGUGCAGAUGAUCUAAAAUGUCAUCUUUUCUUCAUGGAUAAAGAAAAAAAUGGAGAAGUGGUACAGCUUAAGUGCCCUGAAGAUACAACACACUAUAUUCAUGCGAGUCGGACACUGUUUCUAAAGUACAGAGACACAGAUGUGACGGAUGGAUCAAUAUUCCGCUUCAGGCUCAGAAAAGCUGUCCAGCCAUGAAAGUUUGCAACUGCAUAUGUUCAAGUAAGCGAAGGAAAGAUCCUACAUUACACGGCCUGUUUUUGUAACUCUGUGUUUGAAAUAACCAAGUAUAGUAUUUAUUCAAUUUGAUGUAGAAUGACAAUUUGUUGUACUGUCAUUCUGUGCACUUAAUUACUUUCUAAUACAUUUAAAGAACUGGGAUUAGUAUAUCUUAUAUUUUUAUGCUGAUUAAGAUCCUCUUAUUGUUUUCCUUUGCUGUGCAAGAUAGAAUCUGGUAACAGCUAGGAGCCUUUGUAAUGGCCCCAAGGCUUUGUAACAACCUCCCUAAGGAGAUCAGAAAUAGCUCUUCCAUUAUGGCCCUCUGAAAUGACUGCAACACUAACUUUCUCUAGAUGCUAUUUGAAAGCUGCAUAAAAUUUGAUGAAAGAUUUGUCUUAAUUUUUGCUGGCUACUGAUUUUUUUUUCCUUCUUAAAUUUAACUGUUUUUCUUUUUAUAUUUUUAUACAACCUGUAUUGUAGUUGUAGAUCUCUUAAUGGAAAGGUUGAAUGUACAUAUUUUCAA